AUGGCUCCGCGCAGCACGCAAGUCGCGGUCAUCGGCGGUGGUCCCGGCGGUUAUGCCGCGGCCUUUCUAGCCGCCGAUCUCGGCCUGCAGGUCACGCUCGUCGACGCCGAACCCAAUCCCGGCGGCGUCUGCCUCUACCGCGGCUGCAUCCCCUCCAAAGCCUUGCUGCACGUCGCCAAGGUGAUCGGCGAGGCACGCCAGGCCAGGGAGUGGGGCGUGACGUUCGGCGACCCGCAAAUCAACGUCGACGCCCUGCGGACCUGGAAAGAGGGUGUCGUCGGCAAACUCACCGGCGGCCUCGGCGACCUGUGCCGAAGGCGCAAAAUUGACUUCGUGCAGGGCCGCGCCGUCUUCCGCGAUGCGAACGCUUUGAUUGUUCGCACGGAAUCGGGAACCGAGGAGGUGGUCGCGUUUGAGCACGCCAUUCUGGCCACCGGCUCCUUUCCCGCAUCUCUCCCAAAUCUUGGCGCCGAUUCGCCCCGGAUCCUUGAUUCCACCGCCGGGCUUGCUCUGCCUGACAUCCCGGAGAGCCUGCUGGUCAUCGGCGGGGGUUACAUCGGCCUGGAAUUGGGUUCGGUGUACGCCGCCCUCGGUAGCCGGGUCUCCGUGGUCGAAAUGACCUCGGGCCUGCUCCCCGGUGUCGACCGCGACCUCGUGCGCGUGCUCAGCCGGCGCCUGAAAGAACGAUUCGACGCCGUCAUGCUUGAGACAACCGUCACCGCGUUACAGGAAGAAUCGCAGGGUAUCCGCGCCAGAUUCGAAGGCCACGGUGCCACGGAACCGGAACAAGUUUAUGAAAGGGUUCUGGUUGCGGUGGGACGCCGCCCGCAGACCGAUGGCCUGGGACUGGAGAACACCCGUGUUGCCCUGGACGCGCGCGGUUUUGUGCAGGUCGACCCGCAGCGCCGCACCCACGAGCCCACGAUCUAUGCCAUUGGCGACAUUACCGGCGAGCCCAUGCUGGCCCACAAGGCGGCUCACGAGGGCCGCGUCGCUGCCGAAGCCAUCACCGGCAAGAAGACGGCGUUCGAGCCGCAAGCCAUUCCUGCCGUCGUGUUCACCGAUCCCGAAAUCGCCUGGUGCGGACUCACCGAAUCACAGGCCAAACAACAACAGCGUGACGUCACCGUCGCCCGAUUUCCUUGGGCCGCCUCGGGCCGCGCCCUGACCCUGGGUCACAGCGACGGCGUCACCAAACUGGUCAUCGACCCCGAAACCCAACGCGUCCUCGGUGUCGGCAUCGCCGGCAGCGGCGCGGGAGAAAUGAUCGCCGAAGGCGUGCUGGCGGUGGAAAUGGCGGCCUUGGCGUCCGACUUGUCGCUCAGUAUUCAUCCCCACCCUACCCUCUCGGAAUCCCUCAUGGAAGCGGCUGACGUCUUCUUCGGUCAGAGCACCCACGUCUACCGCCCGCCCAGAGCCAGAUAG